UCUGGACCUAAACCAUCAUAUCUUGCCAAAGGAACAACAACAUGGCAGCGUCCAUAAUCUAAAGAGCUAAACGACGUUUUAAGUUAUUUUGAAAACAACUUGAGUUUGAUUGGAAAAAUAUUGAAUCAGUUACACGUUGCAGUUUUUUGGAGAGACAUGGCUGAAGAAAAGAAGCAUGAUUUUACAGCAAUGGAAGCAGACUUGAAAAGAAUGUUAAACAUGACCGCUUCUGAGAAUAGUGUUUUACAUCGCAACAAAGAUAACACUGUGAAGAGUCAGUCUGAGCAAUCGCAUGAACAAGAAAAGAAGGAAAAAGCAUCCAGUCCCAAAGCUGUAAAAUCUGAUGAGCAAACACAACAAGAUAAAUUGUUUAUAAAUAAGUCAGAAGAAAGAAAAAAAGAACACAAUGUUGAGAAACACCAAAGUUAUAAACAAGGAAAGAAAGAUAAUACUCUUAGAAAUAAAGACGGUGCUGCAAUCAAAGAAAGGGUUGCAACAAAUCAGUCUGGAAGAUUAAAUAGACAGGAAAAUAAAGAAAAGAUCCUAGAAAAGCAAACAACAGGGACAGUUGUAACAGUACAAGACUUAGAAAGCCUCAAUACGAAUUGGGCAAUCAAAACAAAUCAACCAAACAGGGAACCAGGUAGCGGACCCGAAGUUGGAAUUCCAAAUGUUUCAACUACCCCACUUGUGUCAGGUCAUGAAAAGCGAUCAACAAAGACGGUUGUCACAAAAGAAGAUUUUGAAAACCUGUCAAAGAAACGGUCGGGUAAAGUAAAACCUCCAGUGCAACAAGAUAAGGAGUCAGCCAGUAGAUCUACAAGUGCGACUUCAAGUGCUCAAGCUGCAGCAACUGACUUUCUAUUGCCAGGUGAUGGAAAGAAAAAGAAAAGAAAGAAACCAAAGAAAAAGAAAGCGAAAAGCGAGUUUUUGGAGAAGAAGAAGAUUACGAAUGAGAACAUCUCAGAUUCAGAUGAUAGUGACGAGGACGCCGUGGAAAACAUGCCUGAUCCUGAGAAACCAAUGUACGACAUUGACCUGAUACGGAAAAAAUAUUUAGAUUCUACUCUCACACCAGCUGUACUGACUGAAUUGGAGAAAGAGCGCAUCUUCCCAUUGAAAAAGAAGUCGACGAAGUUCCCGAAGGCGAUGUAUUUCUGCCGGCUGUGUGACUACCACUGUGACAGUGUGGCUCUGAGUCGACAACACUGCCAGGACGCCCGACACAGGAGGCGCAACGAAAUACGCCAACAGGACCAGAUGUUGAAGAACCUGCCCCACCCCUCCCCUCGCCAUCUUCAGGCCCUGGAUGGGCUGGUGGAUGAAAUCUUCAGCACCCAUGGUCUCUCCAGUGAGGAUCUGGUGCACAGGCAUAAAGUGGCCCUGGACAUUCAAGAGUUCAUUAUGCAGCAUAUACCUGACCUACGAGUGCAGGUGUAUGGGUCCUCGCUGACAGGGUUUGGCCUGAAGGAUUCUAGCCUGGACUUGGAUCUGGUCUACCCAGAGGGGGCCAACCCUGCUCACUGUCUGGCCAGGGUGUAUAAACUGUUGGCAAACUCAGAAGAAUUCACCAAUGUGAAGAGCAGUUUCUCUGAGAAAGUACCGGCUGUUCUGUUUACCACGCCUUGUAAAACGUUGCAUUGCCAUUUGACUGUGGGGAGCAGAUCCGCUUACCUGACCAGCCGGUAUCUGACCAUAUACAGAGAGUUGGAUGAGAGAUGCAGACAGCUGGCUGUAGUGUUCAAGUAUUGGGCAAAGGUCUGCAUGCUGGACAAGCAGGAGGAGGGCACGUUGCCAGCCUAUUGUUACAGCCUGAUGACAGUCUUCUUUCUACAGCACUGCCAGCCUCCUGUACUUCCCAUUCUGUGGAAGGAUCUCUCAGAACAAUCUCUGAGACGGCCCAAAACCAGCCAGGAUGAAGAGCAGAUGUUGUCAGAACUGAAGCACCAGUCAUGGGUGUCCGAGAACAACCAGUCAACCGGGGAACUGUGGCGAGAGAUGAUCAUCUUCUAUGGGCUGCAUUUUGACCUCAACGAGAAAGUGAUAUGCAUUCGAUCAAAGGAUGUGCUUCAACGCGCAGAGAAAAGAUGGAAGAGCAGACGGAUUGCCAUUGAGGAUCCGUUUUCCCCGAAGCGGAAUGCUGGUCGAAGUAUGCACCACACGCGGCUGUUUGAUUACUUUUACAACUGCCUGCGAAAGGCCUGUCUGUACUUCAGUCUUCCUACGUCCCACCAAAACAUGUCCACAUACUUUAAAGACAAGCGUCACACAAGUCACCAUCAAAAGAAUAUGGAAAGAAAAGCAGAUAUUGAGUUAGAAAUGAAGAAAGGAAGUGGCGGUAUAUUGCAACCUACACCCAAGCAGCUUGGGGGAAAAGAGAGUAGAAAGGAAAAUGUUCCUGCUCGUGACAAGGCAAAGUUAGAUUAUGAACAUGAUUCUGAAGCAGGUAAUGAAGAACGGGAAAAAGGUAAUGAUUCCUCUGAUGAUGUUGGUGAGGAUAAUAAAGAGGAAUUGGAUAUUGAGGACCUUGCAGAAGACACGCCUAACCCAAGAUUAACAUCUUUGAACUGUGAUAGUAUUGAAAAUCUUCAACAGUUGACUCCAAACUGUAAUGAUUAUAAGGAGGUUGAAAACGAAACUGUGAACACGUUGAGUACCAGAGAUGGCACUGAUGGUAAUAAAAAAGCGUUUGAUACAACAGAAAACAGCAGUGAUUCAGGCAUUGCAGAAAACCAGUUCUUUUUGGCCUGCAAGCAAGGGCUGGUGAAAAAUGUAUCUGAUCUUGAGUCUAGUUUUUCUGAAAAUGAAAAGGCCGAAUGUGUUGCAUCUGGAAUGACGGAAAAUGUUUUCGAAGUUACUGGUGCUAUGGGUGGAUUGAAGCUUAGUGAUAACAGGAAAGUGGAAGAUGAUAGUGGGAUUAGUGCUGAAAAAGAAAUUACAAAUUUAGGAAAUAAAAAGUCGGAUACUCCUAUCGCUAAAAUUAAUCAUUAUGAAUCAAACAAGACCCAUGAUAGUGUAAUAAAAACCACAACAAAACUGUCAGAAAACAGUGGAAACAAAGAAACUGAGAAAACAUACAAAGCGAAGGAAGUUGAAUGUAAAACAAAGGGCCUUCAAGAGAGUUCCUGUGAUAGUGACAGUGACAGUUUGACAGAUAAUUCAGACUCGAGUCCCAAACAUGAGCAACACAAACGUGUGUCUAGUCCGGUCGGUGCUGCAUACAACUACCAGUUUGCGUUGAACACUUUGACGGAUGGGAAGGGUCCCUCUAUCCUGUGCCCACUGUGUGACAAGGAAGGCCACCACAAGGCCUCGUGUCCCGAGGAUCAGCUUCCCAAGGUGAUAGCCAUUGACCCUCCCACCAGGGCCCACCUGCGCAUCCUCACAGGAGUGGUUCAGCAGUGCAUGAGAGAUUUUUCACUGACUCCUGACGAAAUUUUUGAUAGAGAGGCUGUCAGACGAAACCUAGAGAUUUAUAUACAGGAGCUUUUUCCAGAGGCAGAGCUGCAGCUGUUUGGAUCCUCCAUGAAUGGCUUCGGGUUCCAUCAAAGUGACCUGGACAUUUGUGUGACCUUCCAUGGGAAGAAACCUGAGGACCUAAACUUUGUUGAGCACAUCGAGGCAAUAUGCAAGAAGCUGAAGACUCACAAGGGUCUGUAUGGUGUGUUCCCAAUCACCACAGCCAAAGUGCCCAUUGUGAAGUUCAAGCAUCGCAGAAGUCAGCUUGAAGGAGACAUCAGCCUCUACAAUAUACUGGCUAUACAGAACACUAGCCUACUCUGUACCUAUGCCAGAAUGGAUCCGCGUGUUCAGAUGCUUGGAUACGCCAUCAAGGUGUUCGCCAAGGUGUGUGAUAUAGGUGAUGCGUCGCGGGGAAGCUUGUCCUCAUACGCCUACAUGCUCAUGAUGAUUCACUACCUGCAGCAUACUAAACCACCUGUCAUUCCUGUUCUUCAAGAGUUAAGGCUUCCAGGCAACCCUAAUCCAGAGUUCAUGGUAGAGGGAUGGAAUGCGUGGUUCUUUGAUGAUUUGAAAAAGUUGCAUAGUGUAUGGCCCGACUUUGACAAGAACACUGACACUGUUGGGGCAUUGUGGGAGGGAUUUUUCCGCUACUUCCUGGAGGAAUUCAACUUCGACGACCAGGUGGUGACGAUACGUCAGUUUGAGAGACUCACCAAGUUUGAAAAGCUCUGGAAUGGGAAAUGUCUCGCCAUCGAAGAUCCAUUUGAUCUCAACCAUAAUCUUGGAGGUGGCCUGUCCAGAAAAAUGAAUCACUACAUCAUGUCCACUCUAGUGAGGGCUCGAGAGCUAUACUGUAUAUCUGUCAUAGAUGAUUCAGAACCAGUCUUGAAAUCUGACAUGAUGUACUAUCAGGACUAUUUCUUCGACAAGCAGAAGCUGGUCACAGGUGACCCCCCGUCUGACCGCCUGUGUCGGGUGUGUAGCAAGAUAGGCCACAUUGCCAAGGAGUGUCCAAGGAUCAUAGCAAGAAAAGAGAGGGAAGCCUAUGAACGACAGAGACGGGAGGAAGAAAGAGAGAGGUCCUCCAACCAGCAUUCUUCACCUGAGAAACAGAACCAGAACAGGCAGGGCACAUCAAGAUCCAUGUCUGACCCUGGGGACAUGUCAGCUCCUCACAGCCCUUACAGGGAUAAAGGUCAAGGUCAGAUGGGAGGUCAAGGUCAACCAAGAGGUCAGCACCCACACUCCCACAGCCAGUCACCAGACAAAAGGGGACUGAGCCCUAGAUUGAACAUCAACAAAGCAGAGAAGUAUUUCCAAGAUGGUGGUCCCCCAUUAUCACCCUUGGCAGGGAACCAGAACCUUCGAGGGUUCAACCAAUCAAAGCAAGGGUCACAAGGUCAAGGCUAUGGUCCCAACGACCCUUACCUGAUGGGCAAUCAGAAUGCAAAUUCUUCCAUCAGGAGGAAUCCUCCAUCUCAGUAUAGGAAUGAGAGCUAUGGAGCUUAUGGUGGUGGCCAGGUGAAUUUGAACCAUUCACAUUAUAACCAACAUUACCACGGUAAUACGGUCUAUGUAAACCAGUCCAGGCAACAUGCCCAACAGGGUGGGUAUAAUAACCAGAACCAGCCGUUGUCGUCAGGUCAUCACCAAGGCUCAGCUUAUGUGCCCUCAUCACCACUUGGAUAUCACCAUGGUGGUCAUGGUAACCAGGCAGCCUCGUCUCCAGGGAAUCGUCAUGGCAACCAGUUCUAUGAAGGAGCUCCUCAGGGUUAUCGCUCAGAUCGACAGAUCAAUUACCCAAAAAAGAAGGGUAAAAAAAAAGGACAGGCUGUAGAUAUGGGUGUGACUGUCAAGAAUGAAUAUUACCAGCAUAAAGACAACCCACAGAGUGAUCCCUGUGAGAUCAGAGUUGAACUUGUGUAGCAAGCAUCUUCAGGUGUCCUCUUCAUUUGUCAAAAACAGUUGUAUAGAGUACUUAAAAUACCAUUUUAUCAGAAUAUGCUUAGUUUUUUUAGUUUUUCAAUUAUUUAACCCAUUUAUGCUUAGCGUCUAGAAAAAAGGCCUUGGCAAACAGCAUAGACCCAGAUUAGACGCCGCAUGAUGCUGUGUCUCCUCAGGGUCUGCGCUGUUUGCUUAAAGGAAUUUCUGUAAGAAAUAUUCUAAAUAUAGAAAUAAAUAUACUAGACAUCCCUUAUUUUGGAAAUAAAUUGAUCCAAUUUAGAAGGAUGGGAGAGUCCACUAGGCAUAAAUGGGUUAAAAAGGUUACUGAGUAUGUAAAAAAAGCAUGUAAAAUUAUACACAUGUUUCUGUUUUAAUGAUGUCAUGGAUUGUCAUAACAGUUUAAAUGUUGAAAAUUACAGUACUCUAGUGUAUAGUGGUAAAAAGAAACUGAAGAAAGUAUGUAUGUUUGGUGUUAUAUAUCAUUUACACAUUUCUUUAAUAAUAUCUUAUGAAAUAAUUACCAUUCAGUUUUUACAUAUGCUUAUAUUAAAUUAUGCUAAUUUUAGGUCAUGUGAGCAAAUACACAUGUAGCGUUCAUGUGGAACUUUUAGAAUAACUGUGUUGUCUGUCUGUUGUCUGCCCAUAUAUGCCCGCCAUAGUUUUUUUCAAAUGACUUCUGCUCCUGAUUCCCUGUGCAGUUUUGAAUGAAACACCACAGAAAUGAUCCUUGAAUGACCCUCUUUCAAAAUUGUUCAGAUCAUUUCCAGUUCAUGGCAUAUUUAAAAAAAGAAAAGUCUUCAAUAAUUCAUAAGUAACGUUGUCUGUUGAUUUAUCUAGAAUGUACUUUUUAAGCCCCCGGAUUGAAUGAUCAGGGGUAUAUUGUUUUUGGCCUGUCUGUCUGUCUUGUCAUUGUAUGUGUCUGUCAUUGUAUGUGUCACAAAACUUUAACCUUAGCCAUAACUUUUGCAAUAUUGAUGAUAGCAACUUGAUAUUUGGCAUGCAUGUGUUUCUCAUGGAGCGGCACAUUUUGAGUGGUGAAAGGUCAAGGUCAUCCUUCAAGGUCAAAGGUAAAAAAAAGUGGUGCAUUAGGGGGCAUUGUGUGUCUGACAAACACAUCUCUUGUUUAUUCACAUCCUGACCCUGUGGUUAAAAAAAAGCAUCGCUUCAGAAGUCACAAGAUUUAUAUAGAAUUAAAUCUCAAAAUUACUUAACAAUCUUUUAAACAACGAGGCCCAAAGGAGUAGCAUUUUUUAUGUAUCAUCUCAUGGUGGUCCUCUAACAACUUUGUUCAAAUCAUGUCCCUGUGGUUAAAAUUGUUUUUCCCAGCCCUGGGGCUAUUUUGCUUCCCUUAUAUGUAUAUAGUGAUUCAUGUAAACACAGAAAUGAUGAUUUUAAUUCUAUAAACAUUUGCCGUAAAUACUUUUAUCAGUAAACAUAUGUGCAUGAUUUUAAUGCUGUAAAUGUUUUAUUGUCCCCUACCGUUUUCACCAGAGGGGACUUGUGGUUUGCGCUCCGUCUGUCAGUUAGUCAGUCAGUCAGUCACACUUUUCUGGAUCCUGCGAUAACUUUAAAAGUUCUUAAUAUUUUUUCAUGAAACUUGAAACAUGGAUAGAUGGCAUUAUGGACAUUAUGCACGUCAUUUCAUUUUGUUCCUAUGUCAAAAAAUGUUGUUUGCUAUGGCAACAAAUAGACUAGAAUUACUGCUGAAAAUGGUGGUUUUCUGGAUCCUGGGAUUACUUUAAAAGUUCUUAAUAUUUUUUCAUGAAACUUGAAACAUGGAUAGAUGGCAAUAUGGACAUUAUGCACGUCAUUUCAUUUUGUUCCUAUGUCAAAAAUUCUAGUUGCUAUGGCAACAACAAAAAUUCUGACUAUGGUGGAAUUUCUGACAAUGGUGGAGCCGGUAAGGGACUAUAUUGCUUGGCAAUAGUCUUGUUUUGUAUGCUUCAUGCUAUUGUUUUUAAUUUAUGAACAGUUUACAAGUUGUGCCACUCUAGAUGAGUAGUUAACAUGUAAACAUUGCAAAUAUGUAACAUGCUGUAAAGUAAAUUACUAACAGACAAAAGCGUAAUGAUUUUUUUUUUAAAGAUAAAUGAACAUUGUCAAUCAAAUACAAAAUGAUUGAAAAAAAAAUCAAUUUACUUGUCUAUAUUAUAUAUCACACUAGUUUUUAGUAAUUUUAUUAAAUUGACAUCGGACCUCUUGAUAUGGUAUACAAUAACAAUUAGAUGUGUCAUAAAUGCUAUGAAAGCAUAACAUGGACAUUUUGAUCAAAACAUAGCACCAUACAACCAGCCGCUGUUAGUCCUACCGCCCAAUUAACGUUGCUGUUUCAUAGAAAUGCACACAGCUAAAUAUAGUUUGUUCCGAUACAUGUUGCUAUAGAAUGUACCAAUACAUGUUGCAUGCUUUGUUACAUGUUGCAUGCUUUGUUUAUAGGUCCUUGAUAAUCGAGCAAAGGUCAUGGUAGACAUGCCUUUAUUGCUUUCACAGAUCUCGAUAUAUAACAUUUAUAUUUGUCUGUUAAACUCUUGUAUAUUAGUAAUGUAUUUUAGGUAGUUCUUGCAAAUAUAAAACUACAGUACUUCAUUUAAGGGCAGUUUUACAAUAUAUGUCUGUUAUUUGUUGUACUGACCAAUUUCUUCAUUCUUAAACGUUUCUAAAUUACAUUGCUCUUACAAAAAAACUUUUAAAAAUAAAUAUGAAUAUAUGUCAUGAUAUCUGUUGUUUGAAUGAUUUUUUAAAUAAAUGUCAAACAUCAUAGAAUAUCCAAGCUAUUUUAUUAACAUAAUGCCAUAAUAAAUAUUUAACGAACGCUUUGCAACCAUUACAACAUAACAGACUACUAUCAGUAUUGAGUGAUUAAAAUAAAAACUAUUGUUUAAUAAUUGUAAUUUCUAGAAAAAUAUUUCUUUACCUACAAAGUUUGGGAUUGGCCCUUUAAGUACCAUACAUUCUAGCCAUUUCUUUUUGCACUGCAAGACACAUAUUUCCGUAAAUCAACUAUGAUCUCACAACCAUUAAAAGUUGUAAGUUAUUUCCUUGAUAAAAUGCGCUUACUAGUGUUGAUAUAAUUAAAUUAAAUGCGCCAUUUGACAUGUAAACUGGUUUAAGAUUUUGUUACAUUUGAAUCCUAAUAAAAUUAUGUAUAAAAUACAAA